GUCAAAUUCCGUUAUUUCUCUUGGUAUUUUAUAUCACCUUUUUGUGUGUGUUUCACUUUAUUUUGAAGUAUGCAGAAGCAGCUGAACAAGUUUAUUUCUUUUGAGACAGGAUCUGUUGUAGUUUAGGCUGGCCGUAAAUUCCUGAUCUUCUUGCCGCCAUUUUUGCGGGUAUUGGGAUCACAGACACGUGCAAUCUCACUGAGUUUGAACAAGUCUGGACUGCUUUUUUGCAGGACCUUUUCGUUUGCAGAUUGAUUCUCUGAAACGUUAACCCACCUCAGGCUUUCCUAUUUUUGUCCAGUCAUACCCUGCAAGCUGUCAUGAGUUUUGUUCUUCAGUCAACACAUUUUUUGGUCAUUCGAUGCUACCAGAUGCGUCCGUUUGUGGCAGACUUCUGAGGUCCCUGGAAGCCUGACUCCUGUGUUGGGAAACGAGGAGCUCCUUCAGUAGGUUUGCGCAACCUGCUCACCUGGGUCUCCUUGGGUACCAAACCCCAAGUCUCUACAAACCUAAACCGCGCCUUCUCUUGCCAGCGCAGGGCGGGGUCGGGUCAGAGCAUGCGCAGACGAGGUGGCGCAUGCUCCUCAGUGCGGCGGGCGGGAUUCUGGCGCGCCGUCCAUCCCCGCUGGAGUGAGGAAUAGGUGGCGAGCGGUUCCCUGAACCCGGAUACUAAUAAAGUUCACUAGAAACCAUAAUCGUUCUUAAAGAGCGGCGCGGGCGCGAGGCGUCCGCGGGGAGGAGCGGGGCUCGGUGUAGCGGGCUGAGCGGUCCGGGCUCGGUGCGGCAGGCUGUGCGUUCCGGGCUCGGUGCUACGGGUUCCAGGUUCCGGGCUGCGGGCUGCGCGCCGAGGGUUCCGGGCUGCGGGCAGGAGGGUGAAGAAUUGUUUAGAUAGAGAAAAGGAAGUUGACUUGCCAAAACUGAGCCAAUGUGAAAUCCAGCUGGACGAGCAAGGUCAGAUCUUGGUUUGAGAGAGACGAUCUGAUCACCUGGAAUUAGAGCUGGUCGGAAACUGUUUCUGUUUCAAAAAUGUUGGAGGAAGAUAUGGAAGUGGCCAUCAAGAUGGUGGUCGUAGGGAAUGGAGCAGUUGGAAAGUCAAGUAUGAUUCAGCGAUACUGCAAAGGCAUUUUUACAAAAGACUACAAGAAAACCAUUGGUGUUGACUUCUUGGAGCGACAGAUUCAAGUUAAUGAUGAAGAUGUCAGGCUGAUGCUAUGGGACACUGCAGGUCAAGAGGAAUUUGAUGCAAUUACGAAGGCCUACUAUCGAGGAGCCCAGGCUUGUGUGCUUGUAUUUUCUACCACAGACAGGGAAUCUUUUGAAGCAAUUUCCAGCUGGAGAGAAAAAGUAGUAGCGGAAGUUGGAGAUAUACCAACUGUGCUGGUACAAAACAAGAUUGAUCUGCUGGAUGAUUCCUGUAUCAAAAAUGAGGAGGCCGAGGCGCUGGCCAAAAGGCUGAAGCUAAGAUUCUACAGGACAUCUGUGAAGGAAGAUCUAAAUGUGAAUGAAGUUUUUAAAUAUUUGGCUGAGAAACACCUACAGAAACUCAAACAGCAAAUAACGGAAGAUCCAGAACAGACGCAUUCAAGUAGUAACAAAAUUGGUGUCUUUAAUACGUCUGUUGGAAGUCACUUGGGUCAGAAUUCAAGUUCCCUUAACGGUGGAGAUGUCAUCAAUCUUAGACCUAACAAACAAAGGACCAAGAAAACCAGAAAUCCGUUCAGCAGUUGUAGUAUUCCCUAAAUUGUCCCAGGGAGGAGAAAAGCUGAGUUGCAUCGUGCAGUUCGUUGAGAAGGGCACCGCGUCACAGCGUGUCCGAGUGUGCUGGCAGGUCUUGCACCUCGCUCUGAAAGCUGACAUUGUAUGUUGCUCUGCUGCGCUUCUCAGAUGUAGACGGAGCCCUCUGCUGGACUCACGAUAGUUUUUUACAUUAGACGAAGCUUCUCCUGUUUUUGAAGGGACACCAUAGGAAAUGUCAAAAACAGGGUUUGCUGAAUUUUAAAUGCUGAAAACAAAGAUGAAAUGAGUAAGUAAUGUUGGCACCAGUUUUCCUCUUAUGGACCAAGGAGAGAGAGCAAGAAUCCUUUUUCUGAAACUGGUCGUCUAGCUUUUCUGGGAUGUUCAACCUGAAUGCUUAAAGAAAUACUGGAGGCAAAGCUGGGACUUCUGUGAGCCUGCAGCCGUGUGUGUGUUGUCCGUGGUAUUUGUGCAAUAUCUUCAGUGGGGGUUGCGGGGGUGUGCAUGCAGACAGCUGGCUGGAGAGGUGAAGGUCUGUGCCCUAGGAACGGGGGUAUAGAUUUAAAUAGUUCACUCAUACAACCAUUUCUACAUAGUAUAUGUUUCUGGUCUCACAGGAGAACUUUGAGACAUAUUUUAGAAAACAAACUUGGACUCAUAUGUGCCAAAACACUAGCCCUAAUUUUUACAGUGCUUUACUAUCAGAAUUUGUAUUUAUGGCAUCGUUGAAAGGCAGUUUCCUGUCCGACAGUGUAGGUGAAGGGACUGUAACCUCUGAGUGCUCGGCCUCUCCCUCCUGGGAGUUCUUGCAGUCUUCUCUGUGGCCCCUGUAGCGUGGCAAGCUUGUGCUCUUCGUGGUUAGCCACACACCGGGAACACAGAGCCACACGGAAGACUGCAGUGUGUGCACACAGCAGCCACGGGAAGACUGUGCAGUGUGUGCCCACAGAGCCACACGGAAGGCCCUGUGCAGUGUGUGCCCACUCGCGUAGCUCCUGCCUGAGACCAAAGCCUGACCUUCAAAGGUGAACGGAACUGUUUUCAGAGUGUACAAAAGAUGCUCCCUGACAAAAGAUGCUCUCUGGGCCUGAUCCAGGUUACAGAUUUUCUGAAGCCUUGCAAGUUUAAAGCAUCCUUUUGUUUACACACUUCCUGUAGCAUUUUACAAUUAUUGCUUAAAUUUUUCUGUGGCCUUCGGCUUACAUGGCACCUUAGCAAGAGCUGUCAGUAAGAAUCCUCUGUAAAGAAAUGACCCAGAAUGUAAAUGAAGGUCGAAAGCUUGUGAGUCGGACACUAGCCUGCCAGAAAGAGAUAAGUUCAUGAAUUCUAGUAGAGGCUCUCCAUCCUUUAUCAGUAAUUUCAUUUUUAAAAUAUCACUAGCCUCUUUCCACAUUCCUGGUUUUCAUGUAACUUCAAAAUAUAAAAAAUAAUUUUUCUCGGAAACUGUGCUGUAAAGUAAUUUUUUAACUAAAAUAUAUAAAUAUUUCUUUUGUGCCUUUUUUUUUUUUUAAGUUUUCCCUCAUUGUGCCACCUUCAUCCUGCCCAUGUAGAGAGCAUCAAAGUCACGGAGUUACCAGUUGUUAGCACUCCCGUUGCUGGCAGUGUGAUAAGAGGGGACCUGGUCCCUAACAGGGUGCCUGCUGUGAGCCAUGAAUUUUCUUUCUUCAAAUACAAUCUCUUUAGUUUUUGCACAAAGUAUAUUUGGUGGCAAAUUAUCAUGAUUGUCAUUUUUUAAUCGGCAAAAAUUCAUUCCUUAUAAAACAUUGUAGCUUUCUUCAUAGUCCAUGGUGACCUGGUACAAAGGUAUGGUACUCUGUAAAGCAGCAUCUGAUGAUGACUGUGCUCUCCUUAAUAUUGGUUACAAGUUUACAUGCUUUAUCUGUUUUUUAUGGAAGUCUUUCUUACACAUUUGGAUUUUUACUUUGCAUUUGCUCUAUUUCAUACCUAACUGUAAGGUCUAAAAUCAGCCACAAUAUUAACUUAUCAAAAUAUUCACUCCUGAAACCUUCAGCGAGCACAUUAUUGUUUUCUUCUGGGACUAACUCUUAAGAACUUCAGUAUGAAAUUCUAGUGAUACUCCCAUGUGAUGCUUACAAGAACCCUGACCAGAACCUGGGCCGUUGUACAUUUGGACUCUAGUUAACUUUUUUGCAUUGUCACCAGUUUCUAGUGUCAGGCACAUUGCUGUGGAAUAAUUGCCAUAUCUUAAGAGUUCCUCAGGUUUCUUCUUCUGGCCUCUGCCUAUGAAAGACAACCCCUAUAAGGCAGUUCAAAUAAAAGCAGGUUGAACUGUUUCUUUUUAUCCACUCAAAGUACACACUCAAAGUAGUUUUCAAAUUAAAGCUAACACUACCACAGAGAGGAUGUGGCCCUUUCCCUGCGGGGGGGGGGGGGGCGCUUCACACUUGUGUGGACAGUACUGAGAAGAGCUCAAGAGUGCGGUCCCACUGUGCCUGCCGCUCAGAACUGGGGUCUCUUCAGACUGAGGAUAGGGAGUUGGCCACAGAACCUAAAGAUGCACCCUGAAGUGCCGUGCCCCCGUCGUCUGAGGUGUUGCUAGCCUUUGCAGCCAUUCUGGUGGCUGCCUAAGGGUUUCACAAACGAAACUCACCUGUCAUGCGAAUGAAGUUAUCUGCAUACAGGUAAAUAAACCCACAGUGGGUCAGAAAUGCCCAGGCACCAAGCGCCCAGAGAGCAGAACGAAUUUAGCCACAAGACCGUUUGUUACUCCUUUUCUCUUGUCUCUUGAAAUAUCUAUAGUAGGAUGUUGAUAAAUGGUAUUUUAAAAAUAAAAUCUUUGGAUCAAAGGAAAAUCUUAACCCCUUCUAUAUUUUUAUUACUAAUAAAUAAUGCUUUUGUAAAUCUGAAUGGGAAACUACUUGUAUGUAUUCCUACUGGGUGGUACUUAACGCGUUUGGGGUUAAUUUAAAAAUGUACUACUUGAUUAAAAUUUCAACAAAGAUGAAUUCCAAUAACGCCCCAAAAUAAAACAUUUCA